AAGACGAAGUCGACGACGACGAAGAAGAAGCGAGACGAUUUUGUAAGUAGAUGUUUUGUGGAGGUGCUGGUGAUCGAAGAAGAAGAAGAAGAAUAAGUAGCAGCAAGUUGAUGUUUACAGCUUAAGCAAGCUUACGAGCAUCGAUCCUUGCGUCAAUAUCUACUCUUCGUGCCCGGCUGUUUGCUCAAUCAGGGCACAUGCUUGCUUUGCCAUUACAUCGCUCAUUGCUUGGUUACUCUGUUUUCUGAGAAGGCUUUGACACUUGCCGGUGGCGAGGGGCUGGUGGGCUUUGGCUUGAUAGUUCUGUGUGUUUAUUGGGUGGGUUUUUGUGGGAGUUGGUGAGGUGUAGAGAGCAGAGCAGGGCAGGGUCGUGAGCUGAUGUUUGGAAUUGAUUAGGAGGAUUUGGAAGCGUUUUGAGGGUGUGCGUGAGGGUUGGCAACAAGGAGUGUAGUGAGGAAGGGGUGGGUGGGAGGGUUUUAGGUUGUGUGGAAGUGUGGGAGUGUUCGUGUGUGGGUGCUGUCGUAGUGCAUCAUGUCAUCCCCAAGCAAGCGGCGGGAGAUGGACGUGAUGAAGCUCAUGAUGAGUGACUACAAGGUGGAGAUGGUGAACGAUGGAAUGAGCGAAUUCUAUGUGGAGUUCCAUGGCCCACGUGAUAGUCCAUAUCAAGAAGGGACCUGGAAAAUCCGAGUUGAAUUGCCCGAUGCUUAUCCCUACAAAUCUCCUUCCAUUGGGUUUGUGAACAGGAUCUUCCAUCCAAACGUGGAUGAGAUGUCAGGAUCUGUAUGCUUGGAUGUCAUCAAUCAGACUUGGAGUCCCAUGUUUGACCUCAUCAAUGUAUUCGAAGUCUUCUUGCCUCAGCUCUUACUCUACCCUAAUCCUACCGAUCCUUUGAAUGGUGAAGCUGCUGCGUUGAUGAUGCGAGACCGCGAGCAUUAUGAGCAGAAAGUGAAAGAAUAUUGUGAAAGAUAUGCCAAAGCAGAGGACAUUGGAAGGCGUCCAGAGGAGGAGUCCAGUGAUGAGGAGUUGAGUGACGAAGAAGAUUGCAUGUCAAGUGACGAAGAGAUGGCCGGUCAUGCUGAUCCUUGAGGCACUUCAUUUUCGUGCCCCUUUAUAAAGAAUGUCCUCUCGUCCUCAUCAUUUCAAAUUGUAUUAACCUGAAGACGGCAAUGCCACUCCAUUACGCGUUUGGCUUCCAAUUUGGGUGGCAAGGAUCCUGACCAGGCAAGCCUAGGGAGUAACAUGUUUUCACCCCUGAUUUGUCUCAAAAGGGCUCCUCGAGGUGAACAGGUAAGACUAGGGUCCUAUUUCAAUAACUGAGGGUCUUCAUGGUCCUCCCUCCCACUUGGCUCGUGGAUGGACCUCAUAAUUUGCUGCCAAGCAUUUCUGUACAUACAAUUGGGGCUUGUAAGAGCGGCAGCGCUUUAUUUCUUUGGGUGCUCUCUUCUCACGCGCUAGUGUUACUCUCCAAUCUAUGGCCUGUUCUGUGAGAAAUCUACUCCUAAAGUUGGGGAAGGAUGUGCAUAUGACUAUGAAGUUAUGAUAGUUUCUCUUACCUCUGUUACGUUCUGAAUCUUUUCAAAACAUGGCCAGAUAGGAUUAUGGAUGUAGUCUACACGUCCAAGAGAAAAGUCCUUAGAAACUUUACUACUUUAAGUAUGUCAAUAGGUUGGUUUGCUGUGGCCAUCACCUUGUCUCUGCUUUGGGAACCCUUGGGUUCAGGGGCAUCUUUUAUGAUUAAAUUUCUACAUCUUUCCCGUCGACAUCAAUUUGAAUGGGAAUAUGGGGAUUUACUGUUGUACUA